GGCAUAUAGUCAAAUAGUGACGACAUUAUUUGUACAUAUAAUCAUCUUUGUAUACAAAGAGAUAAGAAAUGUUGUAUUUAUUUAGUGUACGCGCUAGGUUUUUCUUUAGAUGAAUCACACGCGUUUCCACCUGUUUUUAAGUAUCGUAACAUUGCUCUUGUAAACUAUUGUUAUUCACGUUGUUCGUGGAAUAGUGCGAGUUGAUCAUUUGCAUUUCGCGCUGUACACGUUGUGCUAAUUUUCUAAAACAGGGGACACUAACUAUACCUACAUAUAUAAUAUCGAACUUCAAAACCAGUGAUUACUUAAGUAACUGAGUGACUGGACAGUAGUGGACAGUAUGGCAGUCGUCUGCACUUAAUCCGAUAGUUCGAUAUAUGCAAAAUUUCUGCGGCCUUGGGUAUACAAAUUAUUUAAGGAUGACUCGAUCAAACCUAGUUGUGAUGGAUCAGUAAAGAAUGAAUUCUUGGCACGUUACAUUUUUACUCUCUUUCCUUUAACAUUGCUCCGGUAGACGGGCACGGAAUCAACACAAUAUCGACUUUGACAGGUGCUAGUUGUCAUUUUUUGCUCGUCUAAUUGGAGGUUAUAGCAUCAUGUUUGCAACGCUGAAAAAUAAAAUACGAGAGGAAAUAGGGAGUGACGUGUCAACUGUCGUUAGAAAUGCCGGCAAUGUGCGCGGCAUUAACUCGAGGCAUAUGUCUCAGACGGGAUCCACAAGUAGCAUCAGUGGAUCUCAAAUUUCAUUAGAUGGUUCGCGUGAGGAAAAUAUAGCUUCACCUUUACCACCUGUUUCUUUGGAAAAAGAUACUAGUUUUGAUCUUAAAUUAAAUGAUAAUAUGCAACUCUCUGCUAAAGAUAUUAAAAAACUUGAAAAUAGAGAAGAUGAAUGGCGGAAAAGAUUGGCGAAAAAGGAGGCUGAAUUGAUAAAACGAAUGGAAAAGAAAGAAGAGGAUUGGAAAGUAAGGUUCUUGGAAAAAGAAAAAGAGUGGAAAAAAGUAGUUGAAAAACAGGAAAAAGAGAAGAAUAAGAUAGAAGAGGAAUUAAGACAUGUAGAGAGUUCAAAACGUUCAUUGGAAUUGGCUCUUAAAGACGCAGAAGAAUACAAGAAAAAAUUAUAUAGUUUUCAAGAAGAUGCGGAACAACUAGAAGGUUUUCAAACUCAAGAAAUGGCAAAAAUAAAACACCUAUUACUGGCAAAGGAACAGGAAGUGGAAGAAAAAUCACAUCAUUUAAAAGCAGCCACUGCAGAAAUUGACAGUUUAAAAAGUGAAGUCUCUCGUCUUAGAAGAUACGAAGAUGAAUUGAACAAUGUACAGGACGAAAUGGAGACACUACGUCAUUCUACUCAGCGUGAGAGAGCUCAGCUAUCCUGUCAACUGGCACAAACUGAAGAAGAAGUACGUCAUCUAAAGGAUAAGGUUUUUGUGUUAGAACAAAGAGUCGCAUUAGAGAGUAAUGAUCAAGUGACAGUGGAUGAAAGAAUAGCUGAUCUUAUGAGAGAAAGAGCACUGUUAGAAAGAAAGUUAGAAGAAGCUCAUCUUCAUUUAUCCGAUAUAAAGACUAGUUGGUCAGGAAAAAUAUCUAGCUUGGAGACACAAGUUGGAAGACUUAGUAGACAGGCUGGUGAAGAAGGUUUGGAAAGGAGACGAGUCGAAGAAGAAAGUGAAAGACUGAAGCAAAGGAUUAAGCAGCUAGAAGCUGAAAUAGAGGUGAACAAUGUUGUCAUGGCGACGAAAGACGCCAAGCUUUUGCGCAUGGCAGAGGACAUCGACGAGAUGGCCACGGAACUAAAAGAGCUCCGGGCCAGCGUCGAUGAUGAGGUGGACGAAUUUAAACGACAAAUUGAAUCAUCGUCAAAGCAAAUAACCCGGCUGAAACAAGAUUUAGAAGAAGCGACAGCAAAACUAUCAACCGCUACUUCAGAAUUAGCCCAUGUUCGUUUGACUCUAGAAGGUGAACGGAUGAAUAAUUCUUCCUUGCAUUUAGAGGUAGCGCGUCUACGGGAAGAUCUGGAAUCUGAAAGAACAGCAUCAGCAACAUUAAAAGUGUGCCUAGAAAAGGAAAAAAAUGAAAAAGACACUGCAUUAUUGAGAAACGCUCAAGUCUCCCAAGAUAUAGAAAUGGUAAAGCAAGAGAAUCGACAGCAGGAAGUAGAAAAUAUUGAGUUACAAAAUAGGAUAGAAACCUUAGAGCACAAUUUAUUAAGUAAAAGUAAAGAAGUAGAACAAGCAAUGACGACGCUAGAAGAAACUAAAAAGAAAAUGUUGGAAUUGGAGGAGGUAGAACAAAAUAGGAAAAAGAUAGAGAGAAAUGAAAAACUACUUAAAAGUAGCUUGAUGGACCUAGAGGAGCAAUUAAAUGAAAAGACUAAGACAAUCAAAGUCUUACAGCAGCGACUAACCGAUAUGAAAAAGACCCUUCAACGAGAGUUGAGAGUUCCAUCUUCAUCAUUGGAUAGCGAUGUUGAACCUUCUGCAGCAAUUCUCAAGCCCAGUUCAUCGAAAACAAUCACUGCCAGGCAAAAUAGCACAAGAGACGACGAUGUUAAUUUUAAAUACCUUAAACACGUUCUCAUAAAGUUCCUAACAAGUAGGGAAUACGAGGCUCUUCAUUUAACAAGAGCAGUAGCUACUCUUUUGCAUUUUUCACCUGAAGAAGAACGGUUGUUGCAAGAAACUUUGGAAUGGAAAAUGUCAUGGUUCGGUACACGGCCUAAUUUAGGUUUUGGACAAACUGCCAAAGCUAUACCGCCUAGCUGAUAGCUGAAGCAAAUUUCUCUUUCUAUAGAUAUCAUAAAAGUGGCCACAGAUUCGUGGGUAAAAUCAAAAAAUUGGAUCGCGUCGAUGAUCGGUCGCAAAUGAUUAUAAAUACUUGAGAAAUUAGGGAGAACACAAAUUGGAAAAGUUGACAAGCUAGAAAUUUCAUAAAUUUUGUAAAAUAUUUAGCCUUUAUAAUACGCGUAUAAUUUAUUCGCGCGAACAAAUAUUGGUCACAGUUAGCUUCCAAAACGCCCACUAAAAUAUGUAGCAUCAAAUAUUAUUUAGGUAAAGUAAGUAAAAUAUAGAAGAAUUUUGACAUUCGUCAUACACUGACAUUACAAAAUGAAUUAGUGAAAAAUAUGUACUACACGCAACAUAUAAAAUAUCAUCUUUUUUCGUAUAUAAAUACUUGAAUAUACACAAUAAUUCUGCAAUAUUUAAUAUCCAAAAAUCACAGUUAAGCUUAUUUCUAUAUACAAAAAUCUGACACGAGAUACUUUAUUAUUAAAUUAAUACUAAACUUAUCAUUUUUUGUUAUAUUCGAAUUUUGAAUAUAAGUAUUAUAUUGCAUUGUGUAUAUUAUCAUCUAUUUCAUAUUUAAUGAAUGUAAGUUGAAGCAAAUUAAUAUGACUUAAAAAAUAUGAAAUAAUUGCGUCAUCGUUAUAUGAUGUAAACAAAUUAGAUCAUUUAAAGGAAUUUAGUAUCGUCUAGACAUGGCUGCAGAUCGGUUAUAAACACUAGGAAAAACCUGUUUUAGCUCCGUUUAAUAUCGAAGCUAUACGUAAUUGCCAUAAUUAUUAUUUGUGAUAUGAAUAUUGCAAUUGUGUCAUGUUCAUGUUUGUAAAUAAUAAGAUGACGUUUCUAUAUGCAUAAUUAAAGCAGACGGGGUUAAAUGACUCUCUAAUAAAAUGAUUUAUUUAAUUUUUCACCUAUGUCUAUAUCGAAUGGUUGUUACUUACCUUCGUCUAUAGUACAUAAUAAUUUUGUGCAUCUUGUGAAAUUAUUUUACCAAUAAUAAAAUUUAUAAUUAUAUAAAUAGAAACUACCGAUAUUAUAUUGUAUCUUAUUUAAGCAGACAAAUAUGUAAGAAAAUUAUUUCGAGAAAUUAAAAUUUUUUUUUAUUACCAAAUUUUGUGAAUUUAGGCUUUAGACUUGAAUAUUCUACGUCAGAUUAAUUUGAUCAAUUCGCUAAAUUUUCAGGACUCUAUUUUAAUUUCUUUUUUUCAGACUGCUAUAUUAUUAUAAAACAUUCCAUCUCGAACAUAAUGUUAAAUUAGUAAAUGAAAUUAUCCUCAACUUUGAAGAUAAUAUUUUAAUAAUAUGAUGUGACACCAAGGAAUAAAUCAGAUUGUCGCACGUUAUAUAAA